CGUGAAAUUCGUACCAAAAUCCAACACGCCACGGUACAAAAUUGUGGUAUCGCAAGACCGCAAACACGUACGCACAGCGGAAACCCCGGAGCCAGUAGGAUGAGCUCGUUUAAGCGAGAUAACAAGGAGGAAGAUGACGGCGGUAAUCCAUGGCAAAAUCUCGAGAAAACGUCGGUACUGCAGGAGACGCGAAUGUUCAACGAGACACCGGUGAACGCACGCAAAUGUACACACAUUCUCACCAAGAUUCUGUACCUGCUGAAUCAGGGCGAGGUUCUGGGCACCCGGGAAGCGACGGAAUGUUUCUUCGCAAUGACGAAACUGUUCCAAUCGAAGGAUGUCGUGAUGAGGCGCAUGGUGUAUCUCGGCAUCAAGGAGCUUAGUCCGAUUGCGGAUGAUGUUAUCAUUGUGACGAGCUCGCUCACAAAGGAUAUGACUGGCAAGGAGGAUUUGUACCGUGCGCCAGCAAUCCGUGCCCUUUGCAGUAUCACGGACAGUACAAUGCUGCAGGCGGUGGAACGCUAUAUGAAGCAGUGCAUCGUUGAUCGAAAUGCACCGGUAUCGAGUGGUGCGCUCGUUAGCUCACUACAUCUGGCCAGUACAGCGGGUGAGGUGGUAAAGCGCUGGGCAAAUGAGGCACAGGAAGCACUGAACAGUGACAACAUUAUGGUGCAGUAUCACGGGCUCGGACUGCUGUACCACAUCCGGAAGGCGGAUCGGCUUGCGGUGACAAAGCUCGUGAACAAGCUCACGCGCCAGCACCUGAGGAGUCCGUACGCGACCUGCUUUCUGAUACGUAUCGCGUGCAAAAUCAUGGAGGAAGAGGAUGCAAGCGGCAAUGGGACGGAAGAUUCACCGUUGUUUAAUUUUGUUGAGUGUUGUUUGCGCAAUAAGUCGGAAAUGGUGGUUUACGAGGCAGCCCACGCGGUGGUCAAUCUGAAGCGAACGAAUCCUCGCGAACUGUCGACGGCGGUUAGCAUUCUGCAGCUGUUCUGUGGCUCAUCGAAGGCGACGUUACGCUUUGCGGCGGUGCGUACCAUGAAUAAGGUGGCGAUGUUGCAUCCACCGGCCGUUAAUGUGUGCAAUCUCGAUCUGGAAGGAUUGAUUGCGGAUUCGAACCGUUCGGUAGCAACGCUGGCCAUUACGACGCUGCUGAAAACGGGCGCAGAAAGCUCGGUGGAACGAUUGAUGAAGCAAAUCGCAACGUUUGUGGCGGAAAUUUCGGAUGAAUUUAAGCUGGUGGUUGUGCAGGCAAUUCGCUCGCUGUGCACGAAGUUCCCUCGCAAGCAUGCGGUCACUAUGAACUUUUUGAGCGGAAUGUUGCGGGAGGAAGGCGGUUUGGAGUACAAAACUUCCAUCGUAGAUACGAUUAUUCUGAUCAUCGAGGAGAAUCCGGACGCGAAGGAAGCCGGUCUUGGGCAUCUGUGUGAGUUUAUUGAAGAUUGCGAACAUACCUCGCUGGCAGUAAGGAUUUUGCAUCUGCUGGGCAAGGAAGGUCCGUACUCGAAGUGUCCCUCGCGCUACAUCCGGUUCAUCUACAACAGAGUUAUACUGGAGAAUGCGACAGUACGUGCGGCGGCCGUAGCUGCAAUCGCUCAGUUCGGUGCCUGCUGUCCGGAUCUGUUACCGAACGUGCUGGUACUGUUGAAUCGCUGUCAGAUGGAUUGUGAUGAUGAGGUACGGGAUCGGGCCACCUAUUACUACACCAUUCUGAACCAAUCGAACCCGGAGCUGAAUAAGCGCUUCAUAGCGGACCACGAGAUCGUCUCGUUACCACUGUUGGAAAAAUCGCUAAACGAACAUCUGAAGGGUUCGCUGACGGAACGGUUCGAUCUGUCGAUCGUACCGAAAUCGCAGGUCGUCCAGCCUGAAGUGAACGAGGAAGUCAUGAUCAUGAACAAAGCGGCACCAAAAAUUGCACGCGUCAAUCGCGAGGAGGUUAACACUGAAAAACUGCUCGCCAUACCGGGCAUCCAUCAUGUGGGCGCACUGCACAAAUCUUGCGCACCGGUGCAGCUAACCGAAAGCGAAACCGAGUACACGGUUUCAUGCAUCAAGCACUGCUUUGCGCAUCACAUUGUGUUCCAGUUCGAUUGUGUCAACACGCUGUCGGAUCAGCUGCUGGAGAAUGUGCGCGUCGAUCUGGAGCUUCCGGAAGGGUUCGUGUCGCGUGCCGUCAUCCCGUGUGCGAAGUUGCCGUACGGCGAUAAAGAAUCUACCUACGUUAUCGUGCAAUUCCCGGAAGAUGUACCGAGCUCGAUUGCCACACUGGGUGCUACGUUACGUUUCCUGGUGAAGGAUUGCGAUCCAUCCACCGGCCAGCCAGACUCGGAUGAAGGUUACAACGACGAGUACAUACUAGAGGAUAUCGAAAUAACCGUCGCGGAUCAGAUGCAAAAGUCAAAGAAACAAAACUUCCUCGCCGCGUGGGAAAGUGCCGACACCGAAGAAUGGGUUGAGGCGGAAGACACAUUCGAGCUGUCUUCGGUAAACAGUUUGCAAGAUGCCGUCAACACGAUUCUUAAAUUCCUCGGCUUAGCACCCGCGAACCUGUCCGAGAACGUGCCGGACGGAGCCCACACGCACACGUUACUUUGUUCCGGCACGUUCCGUGGCGGUGUGGAGGUGUUUGUCCGUUCAAAGCUAGCCGUGGCCGAUGGUGUCACAAUGCAGCUGACAGUGCGAUCGACGGAUAUGGAUGUGGCGGAAUUAAUAACGUCUGCGGUAGGCUAAACAAGCGGCUUAAACCACGAAACGAA